AUGGAGGCAGACCGGGUGGUGUCACAUUGGCGGCACCUCCUGGAAUUAGCGCGGGAACGGAAUGUCAUCCCCCCUUUCGAGAAAGAUGAGAAGGCAUGCCCUCGACCUUCCUUGACGCGUGCCGCUACCUUACAUUUGUUGAGGCAACGCUCCAUUCUGCAAGAAGAAUGGAUUUCAUCAGUCCACCCGUUAGCAAGGAAUCCCUUGCCAUCACUGUUGUCCAGUGGGAGUUCCACUGGACCUCAGCCUGUGGCGCCAGUGAAGACAUUGGAGUCAGGCUUCAGCACAUCUACGCGUGGCAGCUUCAAGGGGUCUGACAUAUCGGCAGAACCCUCCUUCUGGGCCCAUGUCCCGUUCCUUCAUCGCUGCUAUUCAUCCUUGACUCGAAGGUGCUCUAGAAGGAGGCCAGAUCCACCUGCCCAUGGCCAAUGGAGUGAAGAUGCUUGGGCUUUUGAUCCGGACCCUCGAGGGACAUGGUUGCGGGCUUUUGCUGGGCUAUCCCUGGCCCCGACUCCAAGGGAUUGGGCACAACGGAGUCUUCGUUCUCGAACGGUGCCCUCCUUGGACCUGCAGCCAACCAAGACCUUGAGUGGAGGGCCUUUGAUCGAGCUGUUGUACCUGAUUUCCUUCAAGGCACCCAGUCAGGGUGGCGAGGUACUUUGGCGGGAGCCCAGGCGGCGACGGGGACAACAGAGUAUGCUGGACGAACGUAUAGCGUCCUUUUGUUCUUCUUGGGGCAGCCCAGCACCUUUCACUUUCACGGUUCUGGCAGCUGUUCUGCCACAGGACGAUGACUCUGAAUGCGUGACGGCUGAUCCUACGGAUUUCCUCUACUGCACUGCGCUAUGCUUUGAAGAGGCUGGCCAGCUGCGAGCCUUUUGCCUGGUGUCACGCCAUCCCUUCUUGGAUGCCUUUGGCAAGUUGCUGUUGCUCUUGCGCGAUGGCAAAGAGGCUCUAGCUGGGCAGUCAGAUGAGGCACAGAAGUUGGAUAGUGGGACUUGUAUCAAUUGCAGAAGUGCUCUCUCUCUCUCUCUCUUUUAG